GUGGCUACCAGUGUUAUUAUCCAGUCAGGAAGCGCCAUAGCCUCUGAGCGGAACGUAAUGACGUAUACAGCGACACGUCACAACAGUCCCCUGGAGGCGACAUGAGUAACCAGUCUCAUCUUUCUGAGAGUAGCAGUAACAGUGUGAGUUUCAGCCAGCAUAUCCAGUUACAAAGGAUGACAUCCUCCUGUUGUGCACGGCUGCAAAUCUCCAAGGCAGGACUGAAGGACAGUGAACCCAACUCAGGCGCAAGCCACAAGGGUAGUCCAGAAAAAUGAUGACAUCUAAAAUUGACAGUCCUCCCCCCUACGAGGAAGCACUGCAUCAUCCUAAGUGUGAUAACUUCCCCUACCAGCCACAGCAUGGCUCUCCUCUUCCCCCACCUCCAUCUUACAGUCCCAGUCCUGGCUACUGGGGCCAAGGGGGUGUCUACCCGCCGAUCAGCAUGUGUCAAGGCCCUGGCCUUCCUCCAUCUGGGAUGCCCACCACAAUACCGACUCUGUCUGCUGGACUGCCUGCCUCCAACCCAGGAGAGAUGGAGGAUUUUCUCAGCACCCAGUGGGAAAGCACAUCUGUUCGGCAUGCCUUCAUCAGAAAAGUUUACUUAAUUUUAUCAGCACAGCUUGCUGUCACCUUCUCAGUUGUUGCUGUCUUUACGUUUGUUGACCCAGUGAGGAUUUUUGUCAUCAGUUACCCUGGCAUCUACUGGGCAUCUUUUGUGGUUUACUUUGUGGUUUACUGCAUUCUCAUCUGCUGCAAAGAGCCAAGGAGGCGUUUUCCGUGGAAUCUUGUGCUGCUUGGAGUAUUUACUCUUGCCUUGUCUUACAUGGCCGGAGCAGUUUCAAGCUAUUAUGGAACCAAAGCAGUGUUUAUUGCCAUGGGAGUAACAGCAUUAGUCUGUAUAGCUGUGACAGUCUUCUGCUUCCAAACUAAGGUGGACUUCACCUCCUGCGGGGGAUUCCUCUGCAUUGCGGCCGUUCUGCUCAUGAUCAUUGGGAUUGUUACAGCCAUCGUCCUCUCCUUCCAAUAUGUCCCCUGGCUGCAUAUGCUCUACGCUGCAAUUGGAGCCAUCGUUUACACUCUGUUUUUAGUGUACAACACCCAACUUCUUAUCGGAAAUCGGGAGUUGGCCAUCAGCCCAGAGGAGUACGUCUAUGGAGCGCUUUCUCUUUAUGUUGAUAUUGUUCACAUCUUCCUCUUCAUCCUUCAAGUCAGCGGAGCUGCGACUGAAUGAGCCAGCGGUUGGAGUUUGUAUAUUGUAUUUGCUGGCAGACACACAGCAAACUGUCAGAAAGAUUAUUACUUUAUUAUUAUUAUUAUUUUUUUCUACAUCAGUAACACUCGAGCACUUUGUUUGUUGGGCUGUAUGUAGCAGGACUGCAGCCGCAAAGCUUACACUUAGCCCGUGUAAAGGAAGAGAGCUGCUUAAGCUUCGCACAUU